GCCCACCAUGAACGCUGCGUUGCGUUUACCAGUGCGCCCAAUGAAGAAAAGAAACCGAAGACGUUGGGGUAUCCAAUGUGGGAUAAUCGCCAGACGCCGAAAAUGCCGAAAAUGCCGUGAAGACCAGAUAGAGUCUGUAAUAAAAAGAACCGUAGUAAGAAAGUAACCAAUAAUGGCCGUGAUAUAUACACAAAGCCAU